UUGACAAGUCAAGGUGGCAAAAAUUGACUUUGAUAGAAAAUGAUACAUAAAUCUUUGAGAGCUUUCACCAACAAAUACUCGAGAUCAUGAAGUUUGUCUUCCUCGCCCUCCUCUUUUCUCUCAACUUGCAUCUUGUAAGAUCUCUAGUAGAAUGCAAUGCGAGUGGCUGCGAGCUCAAGAACUAUCUCAGAGGUCCAUGGCCAGAUCGCAGGCCUUGCAAGAUCACCAAGGCGUUCUUCCCGACCAACGAGGCCGAGCUCCUCGACGCUGUGGCCUACGCAGUAAAGAGCAAGCAGAAGAUCAAAGUGGUAAGCAGGGAGGCACAUACCAUGACCAAAUUCGCAUGUCCAAACUCCGGAUCCGACACAGGGGGAGUUGUCAUCAGCACCGCUAGCUUCAACUCCAACUCGAGCAUCGUUGUCGACAAAAGCUCUAUGACGGUCUCCACGCCCCCUGGAAUCAUGCUUGGCGAGCUUAUCGAUCUCCUGGCGAUGCAAGGCGUGACUUUGCACCAGACCAUCGCCUGGAACGGCGUGUCGCCAGCGGGCAUGGUGAGCACGGGGGGCCAUGGCAGCAGCCUUUGGGGUCGCGGGGGAGGAACUUACGAGUACCUCGUGUCCAUGAGAAUCGUCGUUCCGGCCUCCAAGAACGAAGGCUUUGCUAAAGUUGUCACGGUCGCGGAGGGGAGUGAUCUGUUCCACGCCGCCAGGAUCUCGCUGGGAGUUCUUGGAGCUGUUUCCCAGCUGACGUUCUCCGUACAGCCCAUGACGAAGAGGUCUGUGACGCUGUCGGUGGCGGACGAUGCGUCUCUGGAAGAGGACUUCUUGACAUUGGCUCAGGAGCACGAGUUCGCGGAAGUAUCGUGGUUCAGCUCGCAGAAGAAAUUUGUGUCGAGGAUCGAUGACAAAGCGCCACUCUCGGUGCCAGGAAAUGGCGCUGAGACUACAGCUCUGUUUCUUACCGUCCAGGCUGCUGCUGCCAGGAGUUCAAGACUGAGCCAAGAAGCAGCUGAAGCGAUUGGGAAUUCAACCUUCUUCUGCUCCGUUGCUAAGAACACCGUGAACACCGUUACUUCCACGGGUGGCGGAUUUUUCAAUGAUGAGCAGCAGCAACAUUUCUCGGGAUUCCCUGUGGUCGGAUACUUCCACAAGUUUCAAGCUCGAGGAGGCUGCCAGUACACCUACAGCAACUCCACCAAUUUGGCUCUUCCGGAGUCUGAGAGGCUCGUCUGCGGCUGGGACUUCCGUGCUUAUGGCCAAUUCUGGUUCCACGUCUCUAUAGCUAUCUCCAUCAGCGAUGUUGGCAACUUUAUCCGAGACGUGAAGCAGUUGAGAGACUUGUCGCCAGAACGUCUCUGUCUGCUUGACACUUCCAUGACAUUAUUCAUUAGAUACUUGAAAGCUUCUCAGGCUUACCUUGGACCGAAGACUGACGCAGCAGAGAUUGAGUUCAUGACGUUCCGAGACAGGAGGCCAGGGGAACCACAGACGUACGAGGACGUUGCUGAGGAGAUAGAGCAGCUUUUACUGUUUAAGUAUAACGGGAAGCCACACUUCGGGAAGAACAGGCCGCAUGCAUUCCGGGACAUUGGAAGGAAGACGAAGAAUUUGUCUAAGUUUCUUUCGGCUAGGAGGAAGUUGGAUCCACAAGGAUGGUUUUCAAGUGAUUGGUCUGACUCAGUGCUGGGAAUCCGAGGAAGUCCGGUGACAGCAAAGGAUGGAUGUGCUUUGGAAGGACUGUGUGUUUGCAGCGAAGCCAGGCACUGUGCUCCAGACAAAGGAUAUUUUUGCAGACCAGGACUUGUUUAUCGCGAGGCAAGAGUCUGUAGCAAUAGAAGUUAAGAUGCAUCAUUUCUCCUUGUUUGUUGUUCAGGUCUGAGAUGUGCUCAGUAAUUGUUUUAGUGUAAGGAAUAUACUUAAAAUAUCAGAUUAUAUUUUUUAAAGAA